AUGGACAGGGCAAAACAUGCGGAUAACCGACAUUCCAGGCGAGGAAACACCAUUGGCGUUGUACAAAGGUUCCUGUGUUGCUCCUGCUUCCAGACGGGACGGAACGACCGCUUGGAGCAUGAUCAGGAAAAACCACAAAAUCCCAAGGCUGUCGUGGAUGAGGAGAACGUCCAUAUCGUUGUUGAAGACUUGGGAAUAGACAAUCCUGGAUUUAGCCUUGCUGAGGUUGAGUGCUGCGGGCCUCCUCAACAGAUCAACAUGGGUCGUUCUGCUAGUUCCGUGUCCGUGUGCCAAAGAGCAGCUCUGAAGAAGAAGCUUGCACCACUUUCCUCGUUACCGCUUCAAUCCAGAGCGAUCCAAAACAAUGAGGACGACUCUACUGUUGACUCUCUUCUAUAUGGUUCUAGCAGCACUAAUGUUGGAGAUGGUCUUCUCACUCCACCGGUCAUUAACCUCAUCCCUCCGACACCUUCGGAUGUAAUAGAUGAUGACCAGUUCUUUGACAUAAACUCGGAAGAAGAGAGUCUGCAGCAAACGUCAGGCAGCGAAGGAGUGGACAGUAUCAGCAGUGCAGCUAUGGGAGAGCAGGAGAGCGAAGAUGAUGUAGAUCAAGACGUGGAGUUUGAAGGUAACCUUAAGAUCAAAGAUGAAGAACAUCCACAGCCUCAAGAGGAAGAAAUGGCCAAGAAGAAGAGCGUAGACAAGUCUACAAUUCACUUCUUACGUAGCACCUUUCAUGUACCUCCUCUUCCUGAAUACCCACGAAAAAGAAGCCUCAAUACUGGAAUCAGUUUGCUACAGUUCACUGAACAUAAUCUAGAUGACCUGAGCAACAAGGAUGCCAGCUGCCAUGAGUUGCUAAAGGAAGAGUUGAGGCUACUACCGCUAAGCAGUAAGAUAAGCAUGUUAACACACCAAAAGAAAGCAGCUAGUAGGUCCUGUAGUUUAGGUGAUACGGUGUCGAGAAGUCAUACCUUUUACUCCACAUGUCAAGGAAGAGAUGAAGUCCUUGAAGAUGAGGAAUCCCCACGUCAAAGGAGGAUAACUGUUGCAUCGUACAUUCCUCAGCCAAAGGACUGCGCUAGAGAAAGUGCAGUGAAGUGGGGUUCUAAUGGGUGCAGAGCCAAAACUUUAGCAGAGUUGAACACGGAGGAGGUUUGUCAGUGGUUUAGUAAUAUUGGUCUACAGAAAUGCCUGCCCUUCAUUAGAGAGGCAGAGUUCAGUGGCUCUCACAUCGCUUCUAUUGAUCUCAACACCCUUGAAAUCCUUCAAGUGUCCAAUCUGGAAGAGAGAGAGAAGCUGCUGUCUGCCAUUUACCAUGAGUUACACCCACCAAACUCCACCACCCAAAGACUCGACUCCCUCCUCGAAAGGUUUGGUCCACACAAUGUUGAGAAAUUCACAGCGGCUUUGGUGUCCAUGACCAAGUCCAAAUCUUCUCCUCACAUCAGCAGAAUCAACAUGAGCCGAUGCUCAUUCAAAUUCAGACAGAAAGAGCAAAAUGCCAGAUUUCAAAAGAACUCUCAUCUCAUUGAAAUCACAGUCAAUGCGCCAGAUCGAACAGUUCAUUUAAGGACUCCCAAAGAGACUAGUGUGGGAAAAGUGGUGGAGUCCUGUCUGAGGAUGCUGGGAAUUAAUGAAGACAAAGAUCACUUCAACCUGAAAAGCAGUGAAGAUGAGUUCUCCCCUGAGCAGCAGAUUGGAGAUUUGCCUGGCUCAGAGACGAGACUAAUGGAGCUUCACUUAUGUAGGAAGGAAACACAGAAAGAGGAUUAUUCGUCAGAUAACAUUAUUUGUACCUCUGACGACAUUCAGAGCAAAAAACUGCUAAGCAGCACCAGGAAGAUCCAAGAGCUGAAUCAACAGGUGGCUUCCCUUCAAAAUGUCAUCAUACAGGUUCAGGAGCUUUACCAUGGUCUGGUAGCCUUCUGUUCAGAGCUGAAGAAGAUGGAGGGGGAGAUGGAUACAGUGCAAACAGACAGUUUAGAAGUGAAGAGGCUUCUCAGUGAGGCCCAGGACAAUCUGCAGAGGAGAAGACAGAGCCUUCAAAUGCUCAGGGACAAUCUUAACAGUGCACCAGUGCAGAAGAAUAAGCCAUCAGAGGUCCGACUUCUGGAGAAGAUGAGGCUCAACUGCCAGGUGUUUAAAGAUGAGAUCACACUAGUCCACCUCAGUCGACAGGUGGCUCACCUGCGUGAACUUCUGGAGAAGACUCAGGCCAAGGAGAAAGCCGAAAGGAAGAGUCCUACUCUGACUCAGCUGGUCUCUUUGCAGUCUCCUGUCAUGUUGGUGGCCACCCAAGUGAAAGCAGACCCAGACGGUCAUUAUGGUUUCUCUGCACACUGGGUAGAUGGCCAGGGUCUGACGGUGGUACAUACUGAGGGUACUAAUCUCUGUUUGAAUGACAGGCUGGUGGAGGUAAAUGGAGCGAGUGUCUUGGGGAGCAGUGAAGAUGAGCUGGAGUUGCUGCUUAAGACACACACUGCCCAUAUCAUUGUUCUUCGCCAGCUGGCCCAAGAACUUCCACAGGAAGACCCUUCUGCCACCCACUUCAGACAGACUUCAACUCUCAGGGAUCACCAGGACAUACAAGUGCUGCAGAAACACCAAACAAUAUAAAACAACUAAACACUGUUCAAAUUAAUAUUUUCUUUCCUGUCUUACUGGAGGAACACACUCAGACACAUCUGACAUGAUCAUAUCUUUUUAGUUUUAUCCUACUUAUUAAUUUAAUGACUUUGGAUCUUGUAAGAGAAGAGGUUUAUAUGUAUCCUAAAUAACAGUCUCCGGGUCAUUUCAGGGCAAUUUAAUUUUUUGGGUGGGUAUGACUUAGUGUUUUUGGGUUGAUACUAAUGUAAUAGCUAUAGUCUCAAUUAAUGGGUGGGUCAGUCAAAAACUGCUCAUAAAAAUGGCAAUUGCAUGGGAAAAAAGGCAUUUUGGAUUCUAAAUUGCAUUCAACCAUGAAGGUCAAGUUGGCAAAAUAAAUCAGCGUCAUAACUUUCACUUUGUACAUUUUUUUGAAAAAGCAGCUGUGGUGA